AUUAAUCGGGUUCGAUUUAAUAAUUUUAGAAGUUCAAAAAUUUACAUGCUAAAAGUCAUUUGAAAUAUGUGAAACGACAACACCAGUCGCAACGAAAGAAACAACUUCCCCCACAACUUGUGCAACAUUUAUCAUUGCCAAGAGCAGAGCAAACAACAACAUCGACUGCCCCAACCACUUCAUGAUUACCCUACCAACACCUCAGAAUUAAUUGAACGUUAAAUUGAGUUUCUGAUUUCAUUUACAGAUAUCUCAAACCAUUGGCAAAAGCGUUAUUCUAAAAUUUCAUCCGACUACAAGAAAGGGACUGCUGAGCCUUUCGACAAAUUCAAAUCGAGUGCAGCCACCCAAUAUCGUUCAGGUGGAAUCGCAACUUCCGACACAGGUGCUGGACACGAGGUUUGACGUUUAAGAAAAUGGAGAAGAACCGGAUCCAGCGGGCGUAUAAAAGACGAUCCAUUCGUCGUUGGAUUCAUAACCCUCACAAUCGUCUAGAAAUAGAAAGAAAAUGAAGUCCUUUCCUAUUGUCGUCCUUUUGGCUGCCGUCGGCCUGGUUGCUGUCGCUACUGGGGCGAAUUACACGAUAGUGCCGAUAAGCGCAGCGACAACAACAACCAAAGUCGCCUCAUCAUCGACGCUGUCGACAACAACAAAAACAACUCCAACUCUUUCCGGGCCGAUUCUUUUUAAUUGCACUGUUUCUAGUAAUUCUAGUCCAGCCUGUGGAAAUGUGUGCACCAAUCUGACGUCAGCGGGCACUGGUGUUGUCCAGUCGCCCAACUUCCCCGGCGAUUACGGCUAUGAGAACAAGUAUUGCGAAGUCACCAUUGCUGUGCCAGUAGGUUGGAUGAUCCAAUUGAAAUUCACCGUCUUCAAUUUGGAGACUUACGUCGGCUAUAUUGAUGUUCACGAUGAAUCCUUGAUUCUAUUGUCCGAAAUAACCGGCAACACAAUUCCUGCCCUAGUCCCCGCAACCAUCAACAAAAUGAACAUCCUCUUUUCAACAUCCACCAGUAGUAAACCUAGCACCGCUAUAUACAAUUGGCAGGCGACUUUCUCUGUGACGAGCCAAGGGAGUUCUUGUUCCGUUCAUAAUCCAGCCUUCCUUGAAGCUUGCGGGAAUAUGUGCACCAACGUGACGUCAGAGGGCAGUGGUGUUGUCCAGUCUCGUAAUUUCCCCGGUGACUACGGGAAUGAGGCCAGGGAUUGCAUAUUCCCCAUUGUCAUCAUUAUCGUGCCAGCAGGAAAGCGAAUCCGGUUGACAUUCACCACCUUCAAUUUGGAGACUAAUAAAGCCUUUAUUAAUGUUGAAGACAGAAACACGACUUAUUUGAUCGGGGCAACAGGAAGUACAAUUCCUGCAGUAGUCACCACAGCAUCCAACUUCAUGUACAUCCGGCUUGAUAUGUCUUCCAGUACUACCCCCACCACCGCAACGUACAAUUGGCAGGCGACUUACACUGCUGUGUGACGGUGUAGAUGCAACAAGUACAACACCUCGGCUGACUACAAUGAAAACAACUACCAUCAAAUAAGUUCCUUUGCUUCCCAGGUAUUAUGAUGCAAUAGAAACUAUUGGAACGAACUAUUAAUUAGCCGGAAUCAUUCAAAAUGCCUGCAGUAGCCGCAACAACAAUUGAAAACAGGCGCAUACAGCGCUCAUUUAAAAAGAUUUCCAGUUGUUUUAUUAUCAAGGAGAAAAUAAAAAUUCAAUUUGAUCUCCGAAUCAAUUUUAACUGAAUAUACUUUCUCUAUAUUAAAUGACUUGCGACUAAUAAAAGGCAACCAUCACGCUUCCAGCUAUCCGCCCGGCCGUCUAGUUGUAACGCCGAUGUCACGCCAAGGGUUCAUCAUCAUUCAAAAAUAAAAUUUUGUAUCUGAUGUCUGAUGGGAUGGGAGGUCGUCGGUGAAAUGACUUUGUUGUUGCUAACGGAAUCAUUUCAAAUUUCAGUUCAAGAAGUUUAUUCCUCCCGUGGGAUAUUACAACCAAAUUCGACAGCAAAUGAAACGACUCUUUGUGGUGAUUUCACAAUCAAUGCCACACCAGAUGAUCAUCUCAUGCAGAUCUCCUGCUCUGUCAUCAAUUUCAACAGUAGCGAAAGUGUUUUAUAUAUUUACGGCGGGAUAUCCGAUUUGGAUGCGAAUCCGCCAGUAUUGAACAGGAUCUACUGAUCAUUCCAUCCAGUUUUCCUGCUCUUUCGAUAAUCUUACUAACCCCAAUAGUGAUUUAGAUGUCAUGUAUUCCUUGGACAUGGACUAUGUGCGUGUGCCUGUAGCCAUCAAUAGAAUAUAUUUUUCAAGUGAUCCUUAUCUGGCGCUAUUGAAUCGUUUCACCAACGGGAAUCAAUUUCAUUGCAAUUGGAAACUGUUCACCAUAUCAACGACCAACGAUUUCAAGAGUUAUUAGUUAUUAGAGUUAUCGCUGGAUUCCUACUGCUGGAAAGGGAUUUGUAUUGGGAACCAAUAAAGGUCAUCUCAAGGUGAUUGAUUGAGAUUCUUUUGGGAUUUUUA